AUGAAGCUGCUCGUUGCUGUUUCUCUAAUCAUUCAGAUUGUCAGUGGGGGACGUAUCCAGGGUUCAAUUGAGCUUCCUGGUCCUGAUAUUUGUGGAGUUGAUGUCAUAGGGCAACGGAUCCUGUCGGGCAAUGAUGAGGUGAUUGGUAAUGAGUUUCCCUGGUUGGUAUUGUUGCAGUACCGUCCCCCAAAUGGAGGUGAUCUACAAGCUCGGUGUGCUGGAUCCCUGAUCAAUCAACGAUACGUUUUAACAGCAGCCCACUGUGUGACAUCGUUUGAUAUCGGAACACCAGUAUCUGUAAGAUUGGGCGAUAAUAGCACUCGUAUUGGAACAGAAUUUGUAACAUUGGACAUCGAAGAUAUAUAUUACGAAUAUUGCAGAUAUAAUCCCUUCAAAGAUAUUGCCUUAAUCCGUUUAAAGAGUGAUGUUUCCUAUUCGGAGAAUAUAAAACCUAUUUGUCUGCCCUCGACUGUGCAACUAUCACCACUGCUUUCUGACCAGCUGUUGACAGUGGCUGGAUGGGGACUCAAUUCAAUUCAUGGCCGCAGUACCACCAAGCAGAAGGAGCUGGUCACCUGUGAUAGUAGAUACUCAUUUAUGCAUUUGGACACAAGAUUAAAUUGCGCCCAAAUUCGUAACAGGAAUGCCGACUGUAUCUCGGAUGGCGGAGCACCACUGAUGGCAUACCAUCAUGGUGUUUGGGUUCUGCAAGGAAUUUUGGCUUCUGGUAGACGUCAAUGUGAUUCGAUGAGUUUGCCUGGAAUCUUCACGAACGUUGGUCAAUAUGAUCAAUGGAUAAAGGAAAACAUGAGGCCAGUAUCUGUGAGAUUGGGUGAUAAUAGCACUCGUAUUGGAUCAGAAUUUGUAACAUUGGACAUCGAAGAGAUACAUGUUCCAGAAUUUUAUAUCGGCGAACCUAAUUUCUCAGGAGAUUUUGCCCUAAUCCGUUUGAAGAGUGAGGUUUCCUAUUCGGAGAAUAUUAAACCUAUUUGUCUGCCCUCGACUGUGGGACGAUCAACACUGCGUGACGGCCAGCCGUUGACCGUGGCAGGAUGGGAACUCGUUAAUAACGUCCCCAGUAACAAGAAGCAGAAACAGGGGUUCACCUAUUUGGAUAUCGAUCGGUGUCGUCCAAGAUUCUCAUUUAUGCAUAUGCACCACAAUAAAAUUUGCGCCCAAGUUCAUAACAUGAAUGACAGCUGUAUUGCGCAGAGCGGAGGACCACUGAUGGAAUACCAUCAUAGUGUUUGGGUUCUGCGUGGAAUUAAAUCCCUUGGAUACCCAUGUGAUAGGAAUAUGCCUGAUGUCUUCACGAACGUUCGUUAUUAUGUGUAUUGGAUACAGGACAAAAUGAAGCCGUAG